AAAAUAAACACUAAUUCUAUUAUCUUUUUCUCAUCUCAAGCUCGCAUCAACUGAAUCCUAAUUCUCUUAAAAGUCUCCACCAUCCAACCUCUUCUUCUUCACGCCACCGCUGCUGCCGUCCACGCCACAGCUGCUGCGAUUCACUCCGCUGCUGCCGUCCACGCCGCUGCUGCUGGCGUCGCCCUUGCUGCCGUCGUUCUCAGCCGCUGCUCCGUCUCAGUGCAAUGACUUAAGUUCGUUCUAACAAUGGCGACAAUGGACAACUCAGUUUCAGCACCUGUGCCAGAAGCUGACACUAAUAAUUCUGAUUUAGAACCUGCCUCAAAGCCUCAAGUCAUAUACCGCUGUAAAAAGUGUCGAAGAAUUGUAGCAUCAGUGGAGAACAUUGUUUUACAUGAGCGUGGAAAGGGAGAAGAAUGCUUUAAAUGGAAAAGGAGAAGUGGUGAUCCCCAAGACAAGGAACCAGCUGAAUGCUCCUCCAUCUUUGUAGAACCCAUGAAGUGGAUGCAAACAGUGCACGAAGGUUUUGUGGGAGAAGGUUCUGUAGGAGAGAAGCUUCAGUGCCUGGGCUGCAAAGCACGGUUAGGUUCCUUCAAUUGGGCAGGCAUGCAAUGCAACUGUGGAACAUGGGUCAAUCCUGCAUUUCAAUUGCACAAAAGUAGAUUAGACAAAUGUUUUAUAUGAGUAGAGGGUAUGUAUUUGUUGCAAGAGAAAUGAGAAGUCAUAGUGUCUAUGAAAUGGGAAAUUGCACUUGCACAUAGGUAACAGAAGUUUAGCAUCAUUUGGAUGCACUAGAAAAGCAUGAUAUAAGUUUUUAAUGUUGUUUUGCUCUUUUUUUUUUUCUCUAAACCUUGUGCACCGAUUCUAGUCUGUCAUUUUCUCUAUAAUUUUAUUAAAUAGUUAAAAACUCAUAUUUAUUA